ACUUUUCGUGUACUCUAAAAAUCCCACACAAUUGGUUUUUUUUUUUUUUCUUUUUUGUUCAAUUCAAUAUUAAAUUCUGGAUAAUAAAUAUCAUCAAUAGGACUUUUGAUAAAUUGAUUAUUAAAUUAUUAAAAUAAUGAAAAAUUGUUUUUGUGUUGUCUAAAUUAUAAUUAAAAAAUAAAAAAAUAACAAUAAAAAUGGCCAGCAGAGAUUCCAGUUCAACAAAUACUCGUACACCAGGUGAUGAGUACAGUGUCGAGACAUUGGCUGAAGUAUUUCGUUGUUUUAUUUGUAUGGAAAAAUUACGUGAUGCACAUUUAUGUCCUCAUUGUAGUAAAUUAUGUUGUUAUAAUUGCAUAAGAAGAUGGCUUACUGAACAACGUUCACAAUGUCCACAUUGUCGUGCAUCAUUACAUUUACAUGAAUUAGUUAAUUGUCGUUGGGUUGAAGAAGUAACACAACAAUUAGAUACAUUACAAGCAACUGGUUUAACAAAUAUACGUAUUGAUGAAACACGUGAUAGAUGUACAAUACAUCGUGAAAAAUUAACAGUAUAUUGUUGGACAUGUGGACGUUGUAUUUGUCAUCAAUGUGCAUUAUGGGGUGGUACACAUUCUGGUCAUACAUUUAAACCACUUGAAGAAGUAUAUGAACAACAUGUUACACAAAUAACAAAUGAAAUUGGACAAUUAAAACGUCGUUUAAUUGAACUUGUUAAUAUAAUACAAGAUGUUGAUAAAAAUGUUGAAUGUAUUAGACAAGCUAAAGAUGAACGUGUACGUGAAAUACGUAAUGCAAUUGAACUUAUGAUAUCACGUUUAGAUUCACAAUUAAAAGCUAAAUUAUUAAUAUUAAUGGGACAAAAAAAUUCAUUAACACUUGAAUCAGAACAACUUGAAUUGUUAUUACAAGAAAUUGAAAAUCAAUUAACAACAAGUACAAGAUCUGAAUUAAUUAUAAAAAGUUCAGAAUUAACAAGAAUGAUACAUCAAAUUAGAAAAAAACCAAUAACAAGUUUUUUAACACCACAAAUACCAGCUGAUUUUAAUAGUGAAAUUGUACCAACAUAUGAUUGUUCAACAUUUGUCAUGCAAAAUUUUACACAAUUACAAUUAAAAGCUGAUCCAGUAUAUUCAUUACCAUUACAUGUUAAUGGUCUUUGUUGGCGUUUAAAAGUAUAUCCAGAUGGUAAUGGUGUUGUACGUGGUAAUUAUUUAUCAGUAUUUCUUGAAUUAAGUGCUGGUUUACCUGAAAUAUCAAAAUAUGAAUAUAGAGUUGAAAUGAUACAUCAAGGUUCACGUGAUACUAGUAAAAAUAUUGUACGUGAAUUUGCAUCGGAAUUUGAAAUUGGUGAAUGUUGGGGUUAUAAUAGAUUUUUUCGUCUUGAUUUAUUAGCAACUGAAGGAUAUUUAAAUACAUCAUUAGAUACAUUAAUUUUACGUUUUCAAGUUAGACCACCAACAUUUUAUCAACGUUGUCGUGAUCAACAAUGGUACAUUUCACAAUUAAUAACAGUACAAAAUCAAUAUUCAACACAAAUUAAUGAAUUAAAAGAAAGGCUAACAAUUGAAAUAUCAAAAAAUAAUAUUAAUAAAAAUAAAACAAAUAAUCAAAAUAAUUUAUUAUCAUCAGUUUCACAUCAACAACAACAUCAAAUUGAUAAACAAGAUGACAAUGAAACUGUUGAUACAUCUGAACAAAAUAUUAAUUUAAAUUGUCGUGAUAAUAAUACAAGUAAUUUAUUAAAUAAUGAUAGCAACAAUUCAAUACCAAAUAGAUUAGAAAUGACAAUUGAUUCAACACCAAUUAAUUUAAUUGGACAUCAUCAUAAUGAUGUUAAUCAAUUAACAGUACCAACAUUGUUGCCACAACAAUCAUUAGAUUUAUCAUCAAGUAGCAGCAGUGAAAGUGGUGAUAUUAGUGAACAUGAUGUAUUUCUUGAUGAAGCUGAUCAUGAUGAUUUAAAUUUGACACUUAUUGAUGACAAUUCAAAUGAUGAAAAUGAUGUUGAUGAAUCAAUGACAGGUGAAAAUGAUGUUGAAACUGCUGAAGCAUUAAGACCUUGGUAUAAUAAUAAAAAUACUUGUAAAAAUCAAAUUGAAGAAAAUGCAUGUGCAGCUAAUCCCCGAAGAUUGAGAACAAGUGAAGUACUUGAUGAUGAAAUAAUGCUGCUGCAUUUAUUUGAAUUGCAAGAAAGAAAUGCAGGCUGGUGUUUGCCAUGUUUGAAGCAUCAUUUAUCAAAUAAACAUGAUGAAACACACGGUGCAACAACAUCAUCAUCAUCAUCAUCAACAACAACAAUACCAACCUGUUUAUCAACAUGUCCUCAUUUAUCAUCUCAUACACAAUUUAAUGGUGUUGCAUCGAAGCCAGAUCAAUUACCAUCAUCACCAUCAUCACCACCAAAUACAUUGCAAAAUUCAUUUUCACCAUUAUCAAAUUAUUCAGAUGCAAUGAGACGAUUAAAUUUAUCACAAACAAUAUCACCAUUAAAAAAUCCAGUUAUAAAAUUACAAAAUAAUCAAUCAAAUAUUAAAAAUUUACAUAAAGACAAUGAAGUAAAUAAAAAACAUGAAAAAAAUUUUUUUACUGAUACGACAAUUGCAAGUAGAGAUGAUGAUGAUAAUAAUAAUUCAGAUAUAAAACUUCCAAAUGUUGCUAUUAAUAUUAGAAAAAGUGGAAUUGUUAAGUCUUCAUCAUGUACAUCUGAUGUUGUUAAUCGUCGUCAAUCAAUUGGUUCAGAAAUCGAUAAAAUGUAUGAAUUUAAACAGCUACUAGAAUCAAUACAAUCACCAAUGUCAAAAAAAGAUGCUGCUGUUUGUUAUUUAAAAUUAAAAAAUAAUUUAUGGAUGGAUGAAGAUAAUGAUAAUAAAAAUAGUCAAAAUUAUUUAUCAAGUGUUAAGACACCUCCAAUGUCAUCACUGGCAUCUACCUCAAUGAUUGGACAAUCUGAUGGAAUUUCAGAACCAGUUAAUUACAGCUGGGUACCACCAGUUUAUCAACCUAGACCUGAACGUAAAAAAAAUACAAAAUCACUGCCAGGACUUCAAUUGCCAUUAUCAAAACCAACAAGUAGUGAUAAUAAUUCUAUAGAUAAAUCUGAAGAUGAUAAAAAUUAAUUAUUCAUUAAGAAAUUAUU